AUGGACAGAAAUAUAAAUAUAUUGAAACGAUUACAUCCAAAAAAUAAAAACACAAGCCCAUUAACAAAAAGACAAUUUCGUAAUGAAAAUGAAAAACGUCGUCGUGAUCUAUCUACACAAUUAAUAACAAGUUUAAAAGAUAUACUUUUAAUUGAAAAUACUUCUGAUACAAACGAAGAUAAUACGAAAUUAGAUAAAGCUUCAGUUUUACGUCAAACUGUGACGUUUUUACAGAAAUAUCAACAAAAUAUAAAAAAUAAAACAAAAUUGAUUGUACCAAAUUUACAAAACUCAUCUUCAUUAUCAUUAAAUUCUAUUCUUGAAUUUUCUUGGAAACCACCUUGUGAUAUAAUUUCUAUUGAUGAAUGGUUACGAUUAGCUAUUGAAUCAAUGCAUUGCUUUUUUCUUGUUAUUAAAUUUGAUUUAAAUCUUCAUAAAAUAGUUUAUGUAUCAAAGAAUAUUCAUUCAUAUUUUGGUUAUUCACAAGAUGAACUUAUUAAUCAUUCAUUAUUUGACUUUAUUCUUCCAUCAAAUCAUGAUCGAUUACUUGCCUAUCUUCUAAAUAAUCAUCAAGUCUUACAAACAUGUGAUAUAUCAUGGAAACGAGCAGUUGAUGAUGAUUAUGAACAAUGUACAUUGAUUGGUGCAUAUCGAACAAUUAAUGAAAAUGAACAAUAUUUUAUGUCGAUUGUUAAAAUAAAUACAUUAGAUCGAAUGUUAAGGAUGAAUGCUGAUUAUCCAUUAGAAGAAUUUAUGAUUCAUUUGAAUACUCAAGGAAAAUUUAUUUAUAUUGAUUCAAAAGCUCGAGAAAUACUUGGUUAUAGUCCAUUUGAAUUAAUUGGGCGUACUUAUUUUGAUUUUGUCCACCCGGAUGAUCUCGCAGUUAUUGUUCGAGCUUAUAAACUAUGGAAAGAAAAUGGAAAUGAGAAAAGUGAACCAUAUAGAUUUCUAACAAAAGAUGAGCAAUGGAUUUUACUUGAAACAUCUUCACAAGCACAUAUUAAUACAUGGACAGGAAAAGUGGAAAGUUAUAUUUGUACAACAUAUAUUAUUCAAUGUCAUUCAUUACAACAACAAUUAGCGAAAAGACCGAUUAAUAUUCCAGCAAAUAAUUCAAAUACUGAUGUAGUACUACUUCCUUCAAUGAUAACAACAACAACCACGCUCUUACCCUCAUCAAUAUCAAAUAAUCAAGAAAACAACUCGUCAUCUUCGGGAAAUGAAAUAGCUUCAUUUUUAUCUAAUCUUCGAAAUGAAACUUAUCGAAAAGCUAUUUUAGAAAAAUUAACUGAAUGUCGAAGAAUUAAACAAAAUGAAAUUAACAUUCGUCAAGAAGAAAUUCAAGCUAUUGAUGAUAUGCUUCGAUUUGUCAAUGAAUAUCAUAUCAAAUAUUCGUAUAAUCAACUGACUUCAGAUGAAAUGAAAAAUCCAAAUACAGAAGACAUUACUUUAAAUAUGCUUAAUACAAAUAGUGAUAUAACUGUAUUUGAUAAUCCAAUAGCAAAUACUACUGAUCAAUAUUGUCUUCAAAUAGAUAUAAGAGAUGAUGUGCCAAUGGAUUUAUUAUCAUCUUUAUUUUCUUCAUCUCCAACAAAUUUUUUUUCAGAUCUAUCAACUAUUAAUGAUCCAGUACAAGAUAUUGAAUAUCUAAUAUCAACAACAAAUCCAACUAAUGAUUGA